UCUUCCUGGGUAACCCAAUGGUAAAAAGUUUGAAAGAGCUUGCUGAGAAAUCGCUCAAGAUAUCGGAUAUUCCACGGUCCGACUCCACGAGAGAGCUGAUUCUGCUGAAACACCAGAGGAGCACAGAAUUCGACCUCAUGCAGCGGCUAGAGGCGACGACGGCGGAGCUGAAGCGCACUGCAGCCGCGCUGGAGCGGGAGAAGGACAAGACGGACCGGCUGCUUCACAGCAUGCUGCCGCCCGAGGUGGCGCACAAGCUGAAGAGCGGCGAUCGUGUGCAGGAGAGCUUCGACAGCGCCACCGUGCUCUUCAGCGACAUCGUCACCUUCACCGUCAUCGCCUCACGCUGCCAGCCCCACCAGAUCGUCCAGCUGCUCAACGAGAUGUACACUCGGUUCGACGACGCUACAGAGAGCAACGGCGUGUACAAGGUGGAGACCAUCGGAGACGCGUACAUGGUGGUGGGCGGCAUACCGAGCCGCGUGCCCGACCACGCCACGCGUGUGGUCAGCCAGGCCAUCGAUAUGGUGCGGCUGGCCCAGGAGGUGGCCCAUCCGAUCACGGGAGCGCCGGUCCAGAUCCGGGUCGGCAUCCACACAGGUCCGGCCGUGGCCGGCGUGGUGGGUCAGAAGAUGCCCCGCUACUGCCUGUUCGGCGACACGGUCAACGUCGCCAGCCGGAUGGAGUCGCACGGCGUACCCGGCCGCAUCCACCUCAGCGCCGACUGCAAACGAAAGCUGGACGAGGAGAGGGGUCCGUUCGCCGUGGAGCCACGAGGCGGCAUUGAGAUCAAGGGCAAAGGCCACAUGGAAACCUUUUUCGUCGCCUCUGUGGGCAACUCGGAGGCCGGAGGCGACCCGGAGGGCGGCACGAGCGCCUCGAACGGCGCGGCCGGCGGCAGCGUCCGCCAGAAGGAGAGCAGCGUCUGCCGCCUCCAGUAG